GGGUGAGCCGAGCGGUGUCGUGACGUCUGGGCGCCGCUACAGUCAUGGGACCCGUCUACGUGACCUGGCUGCUGGCGCCGCUGGUCGCCUGUUUGAUGCAGGCGGAGCUGGCCCAGCUGACACCGGCCGUCAGCGGCUCGUGCGCCAGCGGCCAGUUUCGCUGCGCCAACGGCCGCUGCAUUAUCGAACGCUGGCGGUGCGACGGUGACGACGACUGCGGCGACGGCAGCGACGAGGACCCGCGCCUCUGCGGCCCGCGCCUCUGCCGGGACGACCAGUUCCGCUGCCGUAACGAGACGACCGUGCAGUGUAUCCCGGUGUCGUGGCGGUGCGACGGCCAGGCCGACUGCUCCGACCGCAGCGACGAGGACGGCUGCUCCCAGACAUGCAGCUCUGACCAGUUUGCGUGCGCCGACGGCAACUGCAUCAACGCUCGCUGGGCCUGCGAUGGAGACAAUGACUGUGGCGAUGGGUCCGACGAGAGGGACUGCCAGAGGCCCGCCUGCAGUCCCAGCUCGCAGCACACCUGCGCUAACGGCGAGUGCGUCGGCUGGACGGCCCGCUGCGACGGCGUCCGGGACUGCACCGACGGCAGCGACGAACAGGAGUGUCCGGUGAACGCCACGCCUCCGCGGCCCACGUGCGGCCAAUCAGACGUCAUGUGUGCGGACGGAGCGUUCUGCAUCCACCCCGCCUGGCUCUGCGACGGCGACAGUGACUGUCCGGACGGCUCGGAUGAGGAUCCCGGCAGGUGCGCGGCCCAGGUGUGCCGCCGGGACCAGUUCAAGUGCGGCGGAAUCGGCGAGUGCAUCUCACUCAGCCUGCUGUGCAGCGGCUCGGCCGAGUGUCGCGACGCCAGCGACGAGGCCAACUGCACGGUGACGCCCACGUGUGACGUCACGCACCAGCUGACGUGCGCCGACGGCCGCUGCCUGGCCGUGGAGCUCGCCUGCAACGGCGCCGACGACUGUGGCGACGGCUCCGACGAAGCCGGCCUGUGCUCGAGCAACGAGUGCUCGCACAACAACGGCGGCUGCAGCCACGGCUGCCGCAACCGUCCCGACGGCCGUCGCUGCCUGUGCCCCGAGGGCUUCCAGCUGGGUGACGACGGUGUCUCAUGCGAAGACAUUGACGAGUGCGCCAUUCCCGGCGCCUGUAGUCACAUCUGCACCAACCAGGUGGGCCACUACAAGUGCGAGUGCUUCGAGGGCUACGUGCGCGACCCUGCCGACCACACCUUCUGCAAGGCGCAGCAGGUGCACGCCAGCCUGCUGCUCACGCACAGGACUGACAUCCGGAAAAUCGGCCUGUACCAGCACGAGAUCACGUCAAUCGUCAACGGCACGAGCUCCGCAUUGGCGGUCGACUUUGAUUUCCGCACUGGCCUGGUGUACUGGUCGGACACCCUGGACCACGUCAUCUAUAGUGCGCCGAUCGACGAGGGCUCGCGCCGCUCCGUUUUGCUGCGCGGCGUCACCCCCCAGUCGCUGGCCGUCGACUGGCUGUACGGCCGGCUCUACUGGACCCGGGCCGGCAGCCACGAGGGCGACGGUGGCGCCAUCGAGGUGGCGGCGCUCGACGGAAGCUUCCAUCUGCCGCUCGUCAAGAUGGACCUGCUGCAGCCGCGUGCCAUUGCGCUCGACCCGGAGCACGGCUGGAUGUACUGGUCGGACUGGGGCUCCAACCCGCGCAUCGAGCGUGCCGGCAUGGACGGCAGCCAGCGGCAGGUCAUCGUCGACACGCGGCUGGAGUGGCCCAACGGCGUGGCGCUGGACCUGACGGUGCGACGCCUCUUCUGGGUGGACGCGAAGCUGAAGCUGAUGGAGAGCGCCGACCUGGACGGCCGCAACCGCCGCGUCAUCAUCAGCAGCCCGCUGACGCUGCACCACCCGUACAGCAUCACCACCUUCGAGGACGCCGUGUUCUGGACCGACUGGGACCAGCGGGGCGUGUUCAGGGCCAACAAGUUCACCGGCUCCGGCGUGGCCAGGGUGGCGUCCGUCGGGUCGCUACGCUUCACCGGGGAGGUACGGGCGUACCACCCGUACCGCCAGCCGAACGGCACCAACUGGUGCGCGCCCACCAACGGCGCCUGCUCGCACGUCUGCCUGCCGGCGCCGCUGACGGCCGGCAGCGAGCGGCGCACCGGCUGCGCCUGUCCCCGGGGCCUCCAGCUGCAGGACGACGGCCUCACCUGCGCUGAAGACGUGCCUACCGGAGCUCUACCCACCCCAGGGGCGGUGGAGAGGGACGCUGUCGUUGCACCAAGUCAGGGCGGUGCGGUCGGCGUGGCGGUCACGUGCGUCCUCCUCAUCGUCAUUGUCGUCACCCUGAUCGGCAUAGCGCUGUACCGCCGCCGCCUCACCAAGGGCUUCCGAAGCGUGCAGUUCCACAGCCCAAGGUACCCGGGCUCGCCAGAGCGGGACGACUUUGUCAGUCUGAGCAAGACCUUCAGUCUGAGCAAGACCAAGAGGGCGCCUCUCUCGGGAGCGACGGACCGCGAGGGUCUCCUAACAUCGGACGAUCAACGAGAGACUGUUUAAUCUCCUUGUCACCGGCGCUGCUGUGAUAUCUCCUGCCUGGUGGUGCUGCCGUCCGCUCCACGCCGCCGCCACCAUGACCUGGCGUCACACGGGUCACCGACGCCCUCUGACCUGAGAUUACUCCAGUCACCGACGCCCUGCGGCUUGAGGUCGCUCGGGUCACCGGCGCCCUUUGACAUGGGGUUACUCUAGUCACCGACGCCCUGCGGCUUGAGGUCAUUCGGGUCACCGGCGCCCUUUGACCUGGGGUUACUCGGGCCGCCUGCCAACCGAAGUCCGUGGUCCGUUAACGUGGACCGCUAGGAUGGCCGACGCAGCCGGCCCUGGACACUGCGUCAGCCGCCCCCGUAGCCAGGACACGGCGCCGGGCUGGUCCUAGGGCGAAUCCGGCGCACAAGGGCACCAGUAUUGCAGCCUCCUGGCAGCUGCCGCAGGGAGGUGACUUGCUAGUGGUGGAGAGGUCGGUGUUCUAGUCGCCCGGUAACGGCACCACGGACGCCUGGUCUCUUUCGGAAGACUGGAGCGCGCGCGCGUGCUGCGAGAUGAGAACUAUCAAACUGCUAUCAGUUUAGCCUUGUUGAUUAGGUGAAAUGUGAACAUUCGUGGUGAUCGUCCUGAUCGUUCAUCGUUCUCCCGUGCUGACAACGACGUUAGAGAUAAGUUUGAUGUAAUUGAAUCUCGGUGUUAGGCGCAAGUCUGCUGAGCGUUAUCGCGGUCCUAUAACCGAUGGGCCAUCGACUGACAUGGCGGAAACCGGAAUCUUCCAUUUGUUUCCUAAGUGAACUCAACAGUUUCGUUGGUCUGCUGAUACACCUUCUAGGGAUGAGAUUGUGGAGCUACCACUUAUGAAUACUCCAUGAUGAACAAACCUUAAAUAUGCUAGUGCUUUCAUGCUUUUUGCGGUAAACAUUCAGGCAUACUUGAAUGCAGCUGUAUGCAGCUGAAUGCAAGCCACAUCGCAAUAUCCACGCAUACACUCAAUAUGCACGCGUACAGUAUUGCACGCUAGUAGACACAUCCAUCCGUGACCACACAUCUUACAUGUUCGUCGCUCACCCCAUACGUUUAUUGGUUGGUAUACAUACAUUGUGUAUUUAUGGUAUUUUGUGAGGCGCGUGAGCUGGUGAGACUAUUACUUAAUGAUUGUCACCAUUAGUAAAUGGGUGUAAGCCGUGUGAAUCUUUUAAACACAUUCAAAUGUAAUGCAUGAUCAUGCUAUUUCGUGUGACGCAUUGGACGUGGAAUGGUGGUGUUUUGAUAAUACAACAAUGCACCAAACUUGUGUAACGUUAAAUCAUGUCCAGGUAUUACACAUGAAGCGUGGAACGUUCCGCAAGUGUCAAUCAGGAGCACACGCCGUCGGGUGUAGCAAUCGCUUCCGGAGCACUCGCUGACCUAUGGCGUCGUUCUGGGCGCUCAGCACGACGAAAUGCGCAAGAUUGGCGUUGCACGACGCAUUCUGUCUUAUCAGUUCGUUCUAGAGGUGUGGUGUGGCUAGAUAAGAUGUAAUAAA